ACUCCAGGGGUGGGCGGGGCUUCCCCAGAGCCAGCCCCUUUCCCUUCCGCGUGGAAGGCGCGAACCCGGAAGGAGGCGAUGGCGGCGCGCGGAUCGGCCCUGGCCUUUGAGCUGAGCAUCCCUUUCCCGUCGUCGUCAUUGGCACGGAUUGCCCUGGGCUCCUUGGCCCCAGACCCUGAGCCUCGCAAAGGAGGGAUCAGCAAGGAACUCAGUGUGACAGAAGAUACCUUGCACGUAUGCUGGAGAGCAGAUGAAGCCCGGAUCUUGCGUGUUUCUGUCAACUCCUUUCUGGAGCAUCUCUCUUUGGUGGUGGAGACCAUGGAUCUGUUUGGACCUCCUGUGGCUUGAGAAGAACUUGACCUCAACAACAGACUUGGUCCGAGCAUAUGAAUGGCCAUUGUCAAUAAGGUACUAGACAAUCCUUCCAUAGAGCAAAGAUGUUGGACUUCUAGGGAUACUGGUAGACAAUUGGGCAUCAAAAGUCAAGCUGGGAUUACUUUGGUAUAAAAUUGAGGUGGAAGCAGUGGCCUAUUAUUUUUUCAGAUUGUGUCUCCCAUAAUCCCUCACCUUUGUGCUAUUUGUGGGAGCUGUGAUUCAAAAAAGGUCUGGAACUCACAGGUGUAUAGAGAGUAUAAGAGAGAUAUGUCAAAUCUGUAUUUCUCAUAUAUUGCCCAAUGCACUUGUGUCAACUGAUUAAAGACGUUUGAGCCACG